GUGAGGACGAGCUUGUUCCCAAAUCGCAGAGAUGUUCUGCUUUUUCUUGUCUUUUCUUGGUUUUAACCCUCUCGUCGGCGCUGGGCGCGUGUAAUCUUUGCACCUGCCGACACAGAAGAUGCGGCUCCAAAUCCUCAUCCAACGCCACUCUCUCCCGCCUGUCACCAUCAUCCACACGACAGGCAGCGGCCCCGCCUCACAUACCAAGUCCCGCGCAGCUACGGUCGCCGAUCUCCUCGCCGACGUUAAUGACCUCGUUCCUCUCGAGUCUGCGGACGGCGAAUGGGGCCUGGAAGACUACGUUGUCGAAGUCGCUGCCACUGCGGACCAACACUUGACCUACGAGUGCUUGCAUUACCAACCCUUGCACAAUGUGUUGAGAGAAGAUGAUGAGGUGGUGAUUAGGGCGCUGAGCAGUGAGGAUCUAAGGAUCAGGAGGCUAGGUGGACGCCAUCAGAUCACCGGCGACGGCAGACAUUUGAUUGAUGGUGUGGCAUUCGGAAAACAGUGGCUGAAGAAGACUGCAAGGCCGGGUAUUGUCAUUCCACCUAGAAAGAGGAGGAGGAUUCUCUUUGACGAGGAUGCCGAUGAUACGGCCGGGGAUGAUGCUAAGCGCAUUCUCCCCGUUGCUGCUGAGGAGGACAAUUACAUGGAUGCUUUGGUGCCGUUUGCGAAUCAAGAAGAAGAGGAGGAUGACGACGAAGACGAUGGCGACUAUGUCGAUGAAAGCGAUCCUGAUACUGACGAGGCACGAUUUCAAAUCACCAUCAGAGAAGAAUUCGAUGAUGCUGAUGCCGACUCAGAAGGCGAAGUCGAGCUGAAUGGCGGAGAUGAAGACGAGCAUCUCUCGUCAGAGCUUAAGCACUUGCUUGAAGAGGCCGCCGAGAUUGAACAAGCUGCCAACAUGUCUAUUGCAUUACAAGUCCUCGACAGAAAGCUGAAGAGAAAACGAGACGUCGGCGAUGAUGGCGAAGAGCACGAAAAUGAGACAUUUGAAGGGUUCUCCUCUCCCCCACAUGGCUCGCCUGCCAAAGUCGAUGGCUGGCCCAAUAGUCAAGAGGGCGGUAGGGCCGAGUGGGGGGACGAUGGGGACGAAAGCGCGGACAGCAUGAUGAGGGAGAUCGCAAAUCGACAAGCCGAAAAGCCUGCCAGAAACGUUGUCGAGGAUGAUGACGAUGUCGAUGACUCCGACGAUUCAGAUGUGAUCUCGAGCUCCGAUGUCACAUCUUCCGACUCUGAUGCUGAUAGUAUGAUGGAAGAUAUUGCCAUGCAGCAAGCCAAGAAGCGAGCUUUGAACCUCAUCAGAGAUGACGGGGAUGAUGUUGACGACAUGUCAUCGAGUUUUGAUCUGCAGAAAGAUGAGAGUGACAGUGAUAGCUCCUCCACCUCAGAAUCCGAGUCUGAUUCUGUGGAAAGCAGCUCGUCAGGAUCUACAACCUCUACGGAAUCUGAAUCCGAAUCCGAAUCCGAUUCCGAAUCAGAUGGGGAAGAGACGAAGGCAGAGAAAGCUUUCAUAUCUAAGGCAACGACUUCGACAGCAUUCCCAUCAACAACAGUCUCCCAGGCGAACCCAGCUCCAGCAAGGCCGCCAAAGCCAUCGGUAGGCGUUCCUUUCCAGGGAACAAAUCGGACGCGCUAUAACAAUGACAGGGCUAAAAAAAGGAAGCGGCUAAAUGAACUGAAGAAGCAAGGGCUGCUACCUGAGAAUGCAGGCUUUGACGAACUGGCAAAGUACGAGACCAUACAACAACAGGAGAUGGCAGCGCAACAUACGGUGCUCGUCGAAGAACGAGCUGACGGCCCAAUCCAAGAAGAUGUCCAAGAUGUGAAAGCUGGUGAAGACACAACGGCCGAAUCAAAUGUGAAUGAGGUCGAGAAAGAGAAUGAGAGCCCUUCGAAUGAUGCAGAAGCAGCAAUCACAAACGAGGCUCCAGCCGAGCCUGUAUCCGCUGAUCUCAAGGCACUUGGGACGGCACAGAUUGAACCUGCAAUGGCCAUGGAGUCGGCUCCAAAGAGAGCUAGACUCGACGUGGCUAGUACUCGUCGUCUUGUCUUCGGAUCCCUUGGAUUGAGAGCGCCCAAGAACGCCGAAGAGAGGCAGGCUUUGAGGGAGAAGUUGUCGCAAAACAGUCGGCAACCAAUAAAUCAAAAAGGGCGUGGUGACGGCCGUACUUUGGAAUCUCCCCAGCGCCUACCAGCUGUGGAGAACGACGACGAUUCAUGGAAGAACAAAUUGAUUGUAGCGGCAGUCGAAUGUGAAGAGCCUGGGAAGUCCUUGCCGCCACCACCAUUUCCGUUUGAGCAGGGGUGGGCAAAGCCAGCUAAAAACAAGCGGAAGCUACGUGAUCAAAGCCAAUACUAUCAGAGCAGACAUGACCAGCCUCGCGAGAAAGGCGGAGCGUCCUUUGAACCCAAUGUCUCAACUCUAGAGUACGAUGACGUCUCCGCUCAAGUUUCAGCUAACGAAGCUGUGUCAACCGCUGACGGGAAUUCAGAGGUUAUGCCGACUUGGGAGGAUAUUGACGUUCUUCCAGAGCUUGAGCAGGCAAUGAUCUUGCCAGGAGCAACCGUUGCCUACAAAGAAUUGCACGUGGAUGCCUCGACAAAUUAUCAGCCAGAAGUGUCUCAAUACAGAAUUGGUCAAGUGUCGCAUGUGGAUGAAGACGGUACUGUGCACCUUCACCUGACGAAGAGUUCAAUGGCCGCAGAUUCCAAAGGCAAAACCGAUCCACAAACAGGCGAAAGAGUCUACGGAAAGUUCGAGCUGACCAACGAAGAUGCCGAUGAAGGAGUUGAUGACGGUCGUCGCGAGGUUUCGAUCUCAGAUAUGAUUUCUGCGAAACUUGUCAAACCCUCUGUGAUCCAAGUUCCCGAUAGUAGCCAUGUCAGUGUUCCAAGAGGGGGCGAAGCACCCAUGUUGCCGAGCGACGACCAAUUCGCUGUCAUCCCGGAGUCAGCCGACCAAAAUAUCCAGGUGAAGGAAGCAGAAAAGCCAAGUGCAGCUGUGCAAAUGAUCGAUACCCCUCGCAAGGAGGAGAUCAACGGGAUAAUCAAGGAGGCUGGCUUCAACUCAGCUCUAGAUGGGGAAUUACUGGAGCCUAUACCCAGCCCUGCUACAAGCGAACAAGCAGCCCCUAGCCCCGGCGAUGCAUUAACUCAGUCGCAAGGACAAUAUCCUCACAGAUUUCGUCCAAGAUCACCUAAUGUCGAUUUGGCUUUUCCGGGUGUGACAACUUCGUCGGACGUGGAUGCACAUGCCACUUACCAUGCAGGACCUAAUGUCACCGACGCCACAGGGAGCUCUCAGGUCUCUCCAACGUCGUCGCCACACAUGCCGACCCAGGAAACUGUUGACUAUCCUCAUAUCUCUCAAAUAGAUAUCAAUUCUUCGGAACCUACGCGCACCACCAAUAGCAGCUCACAUCAAGAUGCACAGAAGUGCUCACUAACUCCGGUUCUUGACCUAUCCUCCAUUGCUUCUGGCCAGAAGCAAGCUUCAAUCGAGGGGUCAGUUGAGAAGAAAAGUGAAUUAGAUUCUAACAACCUCGGAAAUGAACACCCGGGUCAUCCAGAGGACGUGCCUGACUCAAUAAAGUCCGAGGUGUCAGAGUCUCAAUCACAAAAGACUUCGAUACCUUCUCAAAACACAGAGGGAGACGACGAAGAAAAUGCAGACAGUGGUUCUUUUUUAGGAGAAGUUGGGUACGAUGGUCAAGACUCCUCGUACCAUGACUCAGGGAUCAGUGAUGAUGACAGCGACCUGCCUUCUCUGAUUGAGCUUGUGUCCAAUCAAAAUUACCGCAAGAAAGUAUCUCCUCCAGCCCCAGCCAGGAAAUCUCUCCGCAAUGCCACGAAAAAGACAGGAAGGGCAGCUUUAUCGAGUGGUCCUGAUCUUGGGGAUUCAAGUCAGACCGACAUUAAGCAGCCACAAAGUCAGAGGGAGCCAAGGCUGUCUCAGAUUCCUUCAGGAUCACCUGUGGUUGACCUGACUUUCUUGAGCGACCAAAAAAGCCCUAUCAUAAAUAUGGACGAUGAUAGUGAUCCGAUUUACGCCCGGAAGAAGACUAAGUCUGAAAUCAACGGCUUGGGUUGGAACACGAGUACGAGAACCGGCAAGCAGGAUGGCGGGAUUGGGACCAGAAGAUUGCUCACAUCGAAGAAGGUUAGAGACUAAUACUGACUGAUGUGCAUAAAAGAGAGAAGCCGAGUGCAGCUGGGAUGGGCCAUGUUCCGUAUGCUGUAAAGCCAUGAAUAGUCUUAGGACAUAGCCACUUAUGAAAACAUUACCAGCGGAACCACUUCAUGUAAG